AAAACUGCGCUACAUGAAAGCCUGAAUCAAGGCAACCAAACUCCCAAAGACCUAAAGAUGGUCUAAGCAAAAAAAUUUCCCAAUUUCAUACUCUGAAUCUAAUUGAUUCAUCCAAGCAGGAUUGCAGAAAAAAGUCUCAAUUUUUUUCAUCGAUUCUUUAAUUUAUUGAUACUCCAUUGAAAAAGAACAGAAUUUUCAUCAAUGCAGGCGCUACCCAGAUGCCGCAGCUUAUUAAUUUCGCGGAAUUCGCUUAAUUUUUCAUCAACACAAUUUGCUUCUUUUCAUUCAACUCCAAUUUUCAAUGAAAAAUGGAAGAAAAAAUGGAAUUCUGACUUCAACGGAGGCCAACAACCAUCUAAAAAUUAUGCCCGAUAUGUGACACGCCAAAAGCGAGCUGAUGCAAAGAAGGCACUUUGGGGUCUCUUAUCUGAAUAUGGGGAGUCAGGAACUUCUUCUCGGAAAGAUGAACAGAAAGCAUAUGGAGCAAAUAAUUGGGACACGGACAGUGAUGAAAAACCAAGAAACUCUACAAAUAAAGGACGAUCAAAGUCAGACUCUCGUGCUCAAAAGAUUCGCAACCAUAGAAUGAGACGUAAGUUUCGAAAAGGAUUUGCGUCUGAAGACGAUGAUGAUCAUCCUGAACAUAUCUUUCAAGCUUCUUUUGGAAAUAGAUGGUAUUCAUGGUCAUGGGCAGGAACUUCUCAUAGAUCAACUCCUCCUGGUUUUGACUGGAGAGAAUCAUAUUACAAUACAAGGGAUCAUCAGAAAGAAUGGAAAACAGCAUAUGAAUCUGAUUUAGAAGACGAAGCUUUUAAUGUCGGAUCACGUUCAGAUAGAGCCGUACUUGGUCUACCGCAAAAUGGUCCUCUGAAGUUGAAAGAUGUGAAAACUGCUUUUCACUCGUCGGCACUGAAGUGGCACCCUGAUAAACAUCAAGGUUCUUCACAGGCUGCAGCUGAAGAAAAAUUCAAACUGUGCGUGAACGCAUAUAAAUCGUUGUCCAGUGCACUCUCUGGGGCAUGAGCUGGUUGUUCUAUUUUUGAGUUCAUUGUACAUUAACUGUUUCUUGACAUCCAUGGCUUUACUUUAGGAAAUAAAUAGAGAUGUACAUUAUUUAUGUCAAUAAUAAGCUCUAUUUUUUACGACGUUAUUCUGCUGAACAAGAAUGUCCCCAAAUGCUGCAUCUCUAUGCUCAGGCAACUCGGUUAGCUUAUGGGGUGCCUUGCAUCGGUUUUGAAGCGGGCAAGCGGGUAAUACUUCGACAUUUCCUUAAAUGUAGCUUACCAUAAUAGAUUUGAUAGUUGAUACU